AUGAAUCCCUUUAAGGAGAUCCUGCCUAGAGUAAGGAAGAUUCUUUCAACUGCUACAACUUCUGAUGACCACACAUUGCUUAACCUCAUGCUGAAAGAAGAUGUGAUAUCCAAGGAGUACCAUCAAGCCUUGCUCCAUGAAAAAGAAGAGGACCUUGCAAGGAAGAUAUCUUUGACAUUUGUGGAAAAGUGGGACCUGUACUUCAAAACUUUGGUUCCUCCUUGUUUAAACCUCUAUGGCAGUAAGCCUCAAAGCAUGACAGAUAACGAGCCAACAGGAAGCAAUUACAUUUCUGACAGCAAGAGACAAAUAAUGGAUUCAUUUAUGUCUGAAAAUGGCUAUCUUGAUUUGCUGCACAGUGAUUUUGAUCCAUUGCAUCUGUAUACUGUCCUUGAUCCUAAGUCAUCUGGAAAUGAAGAAGGUGACUUCUCUGCAGAUCCUGGAAUUGAUGCCAGCAACUAUGAUCAGCUCAAUAAUAUGGAUUUCCUUUGUACGAUGGAAAAUGGUGAAAAUGGGGAUGAAUUGUAUCUCUGUUCCAACACAAUAGAAGCGUAUGCUAGAAUAGCUGAAUUAGCAGAAUAUGUGCUCAAAGAUCAGCAGGAGAAGCAGGUGGAAGACACUUUUGCAGGGAACCUUAUUUUGGAUGACAUAGCUGCAGAAAACACAGAGAAAUAUGCUGACAUAAAGAUGCAGAAAUGUCACAAACGAACCUUGUUAGACUCCACAGAGAGUUGUUCUGGUGCUUCAGAACCCAAAUACAAGAAAAUUGAAUCUUCAGCACCUUUGAUUCCUGAGUGUCUACCUGUCAGCAUGAAAGGAAACCAAGAGAAUACAGGCUUUGCAGAUCCUCCUCAGCAGAUACUCAACUUUGUUCUUGGAAAUGGCACAUCUGAUGUUAUAAUAUAUCCAGUGCUGACUUCUUCCACGGAAACAUUGAUAUCCCCAAGCUUUCCAGUUAAUUUCUGUGGUUUAGAAAUGUUGAAAGAAGUCCGAGUUCCCAUAUUUCCUUCUGAAGAACCUUUCAAAAGACCAAAGCCAGUGGAAGCUUUCUGUACAUCACUUAUGGAUUAUUUCCAAGAUGUGUGCAAAUCUGUGGCCAUGGAGCGUGAAGUAACUCUUGAUCACCUGUUUAUUGAUGGAACACUUGUUCAAAUCCAAACUGAAACCAGGACUGGGAAGAAUAGCUUAAAAGCAAUGGAAAAGGAGCUGGUAACUUGCAGUCUGCAAGGGAAGGAAAAGGCAGCUCUUAAAAAAAGCCAAAUAUUUAAAAUCCCAGGAGGUAAAAACUUAGAGACUAAAGUGAUCAUGGUGUUGGGAAAAGCAGGAAUGGGCAAAAGCAUUCUUGUUCAAAAGAUCUGCCAGGAUUGGUCCAAUGGAGAGUUUUCUCAAUUUGAAUUUGUAUUUUGGUUUGACUGCAAACAAAUAAGUUUGCCUGAGAAGCCAUACAGCCUGAAGGAUCUGCUUCUUGGAUUUUUUGUAAAACCUCAAGAGGGAAUCAACGAGAUCUUUGAGUAUAUAUUGCAAAAUCCGGCUAAAGUCCUUCUGAUUUUUGAUGGUUUUGAAGGGUUGCAUGAUCAUGAGAAUUUUCCUCGUUGCUUGGCCAGCCAGCCAGAGAAAGACUUGUGCAGUAUAAAGGAGCUGCUUUCAGGACUCAUCCAGAAAAAGAUACUCAGUGGUUGUACUUUAUUACUUACAGCAAGACCAAAAGACAAGGUGUGCCAGUAUGUGUCCAAAGUGGAUAAGACUAUUGAAAUAGUAGGAUUUUCCCCUCAGCAGAGAGAAUUGUAUAUAACCAAAUACUUCGAAGGGUUACCCUACUGUGAUAAUGCACUGAAAUUAAUCAAAGAGUGUGAGUACUUGUUCAGUCAUUGUUACAGCCCUGUUAUGUGUCGAUUCGUUUGUUUUCUCUGUGAGGCAGUACUUGAAAUGGGAGGCAAAAGCCUUCCUUCAACUCUUACUACCGUCUUCCUGAAAUUUGUUCAGCAAAAGAUACCUUUGCAAACAGAUGUUACAGCCAUGCAAGAUCAAGAGAGUCUUGCUACACUAGCCCGUAUAGCCUGGUAUCUUGGAGAAAAGCACCAAAGUGCCAUGAAAAGCGAUCUUCUUCCUUCUAAGGAAGUUAAAGAGUUUGCUCUGAAAUACAGAUUUUUCCUGCCAUUCGCAUUCCCCAGACAUUCAGAUAGUGGCGAACAGGAGUUUGGGAGCACAUUCUCUGAUUUUGUCAUUCAGAAUUUCUUGGGUGCACUUCACCUUACGUUAGCAGAAGAGAUAAAGGAUAAAAGUCUAACAAAAUACCUGUCUUUUCCAUCCAAGAAGAAAAAACCUUAUAACUGGUUAGAUUUAGUGCCUCGAUUUUUGGCUGGAUUGUUGUUCCUUCAGGAUGACCCCUUCUUCUGCUCCCUUUCAAAUAAGGAUGUGAAACAGUCAACCAAGAAGCAGAAAACACUCUCGAAAUCUAUUAGAAGGCUGCAGAUAAAUGAGCUCUGUCCGGAGAGGUUACUCGAGAUUUUACAUUGUAUUUAUGAAACACAAAGCGAUUAUCUUUUGCAGCAUGUGGCCUUAAGGCUCAAGCCAGACCUGUCUUUUCUGGGUGUAGUUCUUGCGCCACCUGAUGUCCAUGUACUGCACUCUAUUUUAAAAAGGUCAAGAAAAGAGUUUUCCUUGGAUUUGCGAAACAGCAGCAUUGACUUGCAAGGGCUAAAAGACUUGGUUGGCCUAAAGAAUGUGGCGUCAUUCAGGGCCUCUCUCAGUGAUACAGUCAGGCUCUGGAAAUCUUUAGAACAGACAAAAGACUACGAACUACUGAGAGCAUCAACAGAGAAAUUUGUUCUUGAUCCCUUUAAGGCAAAGACAAUGAAGGACAUCAGUGACCUUUCAGAUCUUGUAGAGAUGCAGAAGAAGAUGAUCAGUUGUGUGCAAGAUGUAUCUGGUUGCAGCAGCUAUGAAAUUCCUGCCAUCAAAAACCUCAGAAAACUAGAAUUUGCGCUGGGUCCAGUGUGUGGCCUUCAGGGAUUCCUAAAACUUGUGGAAAUUCUUGCAGCAUUUCCAUCACUUCAGCAUUUAGACCUUGAUGCUCUGAGUGAAAAUGGCAUAGGAGAUGAAGGAGCAAAGAGUCUAUCUGAAGUCUUUCCAACCCUGACAUCACUGGAAACAUUAAACUUAUCACAGAAUAAGAUAACAGAUGUGGGUACGGAGAAACUAGCUACAGCUCUUCCUUCCUUGUCUUCAUUAAAGACACUAAGCUUAUACAAUAAUAGCAUUUGUGAUUUUGGAGCAGAAAAUCUUGCGAAAGUUCUUCCUGCAAUGGCAUCUUUAAGAGUACUAGAUGUUCAGUAUAACAAAAUAACUGGUGUUGGAGCACAGCAGCUGACUGACAGCCUACGAAAAUGUCCCCAUAUCAAGAACUUAGUGAUGUGGAAUCCCACCAUUCCCUAUGGAGUUCUCGAACACCUUCAGCAGCUGGACUCUAGGAUCAGCGUGUAGAUUCAGAUGAUCCUAUGAAGGUAACAUAAAGAAGAGGGGAAGGUGUCCUCUGUAUUUUCCUAUCUUCUUGCUGCUUUAUGAAUUGAUAGCUGACUUUCAUGAUAGUGGCCAAAUGAAAAGAAGUCACAUUUAAGCUUCUGAGUGACGCUUGAAGUGGGUGAAUGUUGGAGUUCAGAUUUUUUCAAUGUCAUUUAAAAUGCUAUUCAAAGACCCAGUUGUGUUUCUACUGAAGUGAUGAAGAGUUGAGCAACAUCAAGUUUCAAAGAUGAAAAGAGCAUCUGAAUAUUGUGAUCACCUUUAAAGGUGUCCAGGAAUCACCAGGAUAUUGACAGUAUAAAACUCCAUCGAUUCAUCAGAGAGUAGACUGCAAGCUGCUGAAUCUGCAACAUCUGAAGUAGUGACAGAUCAAAUCUGUUUCAUGGUGCCAGUGGUAACUGCAAUCAAAUUUGGUUUGAUGAUUUUUGGACUUCCAAAGCUCAGUGUUACAGAUUUCACCUGUCUGGACUGAUUUGAAGCAUUAGGAUAAAUAAGAAUUAUCAGUCUUAGAAAACAGUCUGAUAUUGUAAGAUUAUCCACAAGAAUCUAGAAGUGGCUCUUGAUGCUAAUCACCAAUGCUGUCUUAAGGGAUAGAAAGAUACUUUCUAUCACUCUCUUGUUACAGAAUCCUUCAAAAAUACUGGGGGUCAAAAAAAAAAAAAAAAAAGAGAGAAGGAAGGAAUUAAAGCCAGAAAACUAUUAAACUAUUAAGAAUUUUUGUGACAUUAUCACAGAAAACCAAAUGCAUACAAACAGCUUCAGUUUAUUGCACAAAAAUCCUCAAAGUGACAAUCUUCAAAGGUUUUUACUCUGUCUCAAAUGCAAACUUUAAAUUCAUAUACCUGGAUUGGGAAUUCAUUUUUCAACUUGCAGGUGGUAGCAUAAAUGUACAAGCAUCGAUUUCCUACUUGACACUGAAAUCACUGUGUGUGGUUUAUGUGGCCUUCUUUUACAGAGCUAUGAAUAACUAGGCAAUGACAGACAAGAACAUAUUUCAAAGCAUUAUUAUGUGUCUGUGCUGCUGGUCUCAGUGAUGUGUGGGCCAAAUGCUGGUCCUGCUGACUGCAAUAGCAAACCAAUUGUCUCCUUUUUUCUUUUAUUUCAGCUCUAUGAACAUGGAGAGAAUUUAUAAUCCUACAGAGACAGUUGUUAGGACUAGCAUUCUGGCUCCCUGUCCAAAUAGAGGAAAACAAAAAGGGAUGGAAAAAACUAGGGAUAUUUGGUAUGCCACAAAUUGGGAAGGGAGGUCUCUACUUCACAGCUAGCUCACCAACCUCCUUGAAAUUUCUUCUGCUAGGAAGCACUGACAAUACUGACCCAAUGAUCUAUGCAAACUAGAAUCUCUCAACUAACCUCUCAGAUACUCUCUUACUUGGUUUUAAAAGGUCCCCAAUUUAAACAGUUCAAGACUACUAUCUUUAUGUUCUUCCCAGCAAAUUAUACUUCUCUGCUAAAAUUUCAGUGCCUGCUGAAACUUGACAGGAGAGAUAGAGGAUGGACAGAUUAAAGAUGGAAAGAAGGAAGGUCUGUUUUGUUGUUUCUGUUAAUCAAAGGAGAGCAGGGAACCAGACGCAGUAUGUGAAGGAAAUGGUACAAGAGAGCAAGGUGGAAGAACUCUAUGGAGAAUGAGAUUGUAACUAGAAAGUGGUAUUUUUCUUAACUAUCUGUAUGGUUCUUUUCUCUAGCAAAAUUCUAGCCGGAGUCAUGGAGAAAGUCUCAUUUACAGUCCCCUCUUUCAGCUACUUGAAUCCAAGGUAGUUUGAACCAAAUCUUGUGUGAAUGUUCCCAUCAGCCUGCAGCAGUUCAGGCUGUGCAGAUCUAUGGUGAGCCCUUGCCUUGGCUUCCUUUAACUAAAUUUUGGAUGACAAAUGCCCCUUUAGGGAUAUAUUCUGCAGCUACACUUCACUGUGACUGAAUCUGAGAAUGUGCUAAAUAUUACACAGGCAGCUGAAUGUUAUAGAACCCUGUCUGGACUGAUAAAAACACAUUUGGUAUACUGCUGUUCUCUUUCUAUGAGUUAGUAAGAGAUGUAUGUUUAUAAUGUACAGAUCGUAAAUUGUGAUACAGUGUUUUGAUUGCCUUUAUACAUCUUUCUUAAAGUAUUAAUAAAAGUGAGUAUUCAUUUUUACAGUAGCUUGUAGUACCGGUUGAAAAUUAUUUUUUCCCUUGGAAACACUAUGAAACCCCUGCUGGCUUCUGAACAUAAUGGCAUGCUCAGGGAUUCGUAUUGUAGGUUAACAGACAGCACUGUGCAGGAGGGAGACAGGUUGGUCCUGCUGGCACUUACCAGUUCAGUGGUCUGGAAAUAGAGAAAUAAUUCUUUCUUAACAGGCAAUGGAAUCUUGAAACGUCAACAGACUGUAAAUCCAGAAUUAGAACAUAUGAAAAUGCUGACUGAAGUCACCUGUCAAUAACAGCAAAAUGGGUUUUUUCAUCCUUUCAGACUUUUUGCAGUUUUAAAGUUCUAAAAUAAUAAAGGUUCAAAGUCUGGAUAUUCUUAUGGCACAAAGCUCAUCCAAAAUGCUUUUGUCAAAUGAGAGUCUUGUGUACGGAGGACUGAAUUCACUGGCUGCCUUAAAAAACUUGUUCUGAUCAAAUCUGUGUUCUAAAAAUCUUUCAGGAUGAGAUAAAUGCUACUCUCUUUAUGCCCAUGCUCUUUUUGUUGUCAAAGAAGCUUUGUUAAAAUGCUAAAGUUUGUGUUAUGAUGGUAGUCAGAUCCUAUAAUCUUGACUACUC